AAAUGAAUCUGAGCCAACUCUUGUCCAAAUGAGUUCGUUGCAACUCAAAUUAUUCACAGCUGACCGUCAAACUUUUAAUGAAAGUCAACAUUUUCGUGACAAUUAACAUGAUAAGGCUGGGACAUUUCUUUCAAACAAGAGAACGGGACGGCCCUAGAACCUUCCGCAAUAUUCUCGGCGAACUUCUGCUGAAUAUUAGGUCUCGACACAUUCCUGAGUUUGCCCCGUUUCCUUCUUUCGAUCGAUAGAGUCGGUUAAUUUGAAGGCAUUUCCCUUUGAAUUUCUACGGGUUGGAGAUGGCAAGUGAGACUGGGGAAUCGACAAGCAGGCCACCUCAAAGCCCAACUUUCGCUGGCAGUAGUAGCAAUGAUGCUGCUGAUUUUGAAUGUAAUAUAUGCUUUGAAUUAGCUCAAGACCCAAUCGUCACUUUAUGUGGUCACCUAUUCUGUUGGCCUUGUCUAUACAGAUGGCUUCACCAUCAUUCACAUUUGCAAGAAUGCCCAGUUUGUAAAGCUCUUAUACAGGAGGAGAAGUUGGUUCCCAUUUAUGGCAGGGGUAAAGCAUCAACAGAUCCCAGAUCAAGAUCAAUUCCAGGUAUGGAAAUUCCUAAUCGCCCAGCGGGGCAGAGGCCUGAAACAGCUGCUCCCCCAGAAGCAAAUUACUUCCCCAAUCUUGGGUUUGGGCUAAUGGGAGGAUUUGUGCCAAUGGCGACUGCACGAAUUGGCAAUGUUGCAUUGUCUGCUGCUUUUGGAGGCCUAUUUCCAUCUUUAUUCAAUAUUCAGGUUCAUGGCUUCCCCGAUGCUACUGUCUAUGGAACCACCUCUGGUUUCCCCUAUGGAUUUUCUAAUUCAUUUCAUGGGGGCUCUGGUCAUGCUCAUCCCCAUGCUCAUGCUCCUGGAGUUCCGCAGGCAACAGGUCAAGAUCAGCAAAGGGAUUCCUAUUUGAAGAUGCUGUUUUUGAUGAUUGGCGUCUUUGUUAUCCUUGCUUUGAUUUGGUCAUAAAUGAAUUUGCUACUAAAAGUGAAGAAGUGUUUAUGGUUAGCUGUGCUAGUUAAUUUUGCAUUUGUUGAUUCGCUAGCUGCUUUGGGGACUCCAUUUUGUAUUUGUGGCAGUUGUCCAUAUGAUGCUUCAACAAUGCCUUUUAACUCACAUUUACCAUGUCAUAAAAAAUGUGCAGUGAAUUUGUUUGUUUUCUAUAAAUUGGUUUUAAGAUC